AUGGUUCUGAAAAGUGUUCGAGAGGCGGAAAAACAAAUUUUCGACGCCGAAAUGGACAAAGAAUAUCCGCCAAUCACCGGCUAUCCGGAAUACAAUAAAUUGGUGGCCGAAUUGAUUUUUGGCGAGACAUCGGAGGCGCUGAAAAGCAAGCGAAUCUUCACAACUCAAUCGAUUUCGGGAUCCGGUGGACUUCGUGUUGGCGCCGCUUUUUUGUACAAAUAUUUGCCGAAGAAGGUGAUGUAUUAUCCGCAGCCGACGUGGGGAAAUCAUGUUCCACUUUUUACGUGAGUUUUUGUCUUCAGAACUGGAUACAGGAUUUUUGUAGUUAGCCGAAAAGUUUGCACCAGAUCUCCAUAUAAAUUUUUUUUUUCUUCAAAAACUGACACUAUACUUAACACCUAAAAAUUCAGGAUUACAGUAAGGUCUAAAAUUUUCCACGUGUUAAUUUUCAGAUAAUUUUAAGAUAUGGAAAAUACAGUAAUCCUGGAUUUUUUCCGACUAAAAUGGAUUCGGUAUACUGUAGCUCUGGAAAAGUUCCAAAGAUUUGAUCUACAAAAAAUUUGGAAGCUACAGUGACUCUGGAUAUUUUAUGAUCAAAAAUUCCACGUGGAUGAAGUUAUUGUAGUUCUGGAAUGGUUCCAAAAUUUUGAUUUACAAAAAAUUUCGGGAACUACAAUAACCCUCAAUAUUUUUUUUCUGAGCAAAAAUUUUCCACGUGGAUACGGUAUACUGUAGCUCUGGAAAAGUUCCAAAUUUUUUGAUCUACAAAAAUUUGAGAACUACAGUAACCCUUUUAUUAACCAUAGUCGUAGUUCCAGAAAAUUUUCACGUGGAUUCGGUAUACUGUAGUUCAGACAGAGUUCCAAAUUUUUAUCUAUAAAAAUUUGAGAACUACAGUAAUCCUGGAUAUUUAUUUUCUGAGCAAAAAAUUUCCACGUGGCUUCGAUAUACUAUAGUUUUGAAAAGUUCCAAAUUUUGAUCUACAAACAUUUGGGAACUACAGUAACCCCCUGAUAAACUAGAGUAGUCUUGUGGUUGGAAUUUUUCUAAAAUUUUAUAUUUUUUAUAAAAACCUGGAAUAAUACGUUUCAAAAUUUAUUAAUAUAUUUUAAUUCAAAAAAAAUAUUAAUACAAAAAAAUUAAUCAUAAAUUUUGAUGUGGCAGAUUCUUUUUUUUUGGCACAAAAUUCUACUUAUCUUUUUUUAAAAAUCAAUUCUUAGCCUAUGGUCAUGGUUAAGCCUAACCCUAACUGUUUUAAGAAGCCUAAUUGUAAAGUCUCCAAAGUUUUUCCCAAAAUUUCAGAGCUGCGAACUUUGAAAUGCGUCCAUAUCGAUAUCUUGAUCCGAAAACGAUGACAAUCGAUGAAAUUGGAAUGUUGGAUGAUAUUGCAAAUAUUCCAGCAGGCUGUGCAAUUCUUUUACACGUUUCGGCACAUAAUCCAACUGGGUUAGAUCCAACGGUUUGUUCGAAAAAAACAAAAAAAAUUUGCGCGCAGCGGGGUUCGAACUCCUGACCUACGCCACCAAAAACUGGAGUACCUCUCCAGUUUUUGGUGGCAAAAACUGGACUACCUCUGCGCCAUGCGUCUUUGUGAAAUCCGAGGGGAAAACUUUGUUUAUUAUUUCGAUGUCCCAAUUUUUUUUUUUGCAGAAAGAACAAUGGAAAAAGUUGUCGACUGUAAUAAAAGAGACUGGAAUCUUUCCAUUUUUCGAUUUGGCAUAUCAAGGUUUUGCAACCGGUGAUUUGGACGAAGAUGCUUGGCCGGUUCGACAUUUUGUUGAAGAGGGACAUAAAAUGUUGGUGGCACAGUCUUUUGCAAAAAAUAUGGGAUUAUAUGCGGAGCGAGCUGGAAGUUGUAGUUUGGUUAGUGAUACAGAAGAAAGUGCGGUUCGAAUGGGAACGCAUAUGAGAAGAGUUGUGAGAUUUAUGUAUUCGGUUAAUCCGGUUUAUGGUGCACGAAUUGUGAUUGCUAUUCUAUCGAAUCCUCAAUUAAAAGCUAAAUGGAUGAUUGAAUUGAAAGAAAUGGCAAAUCGCAUCAGAUUCAUGAGAUUUGCCUUAAGAACUGGAUUAGAAAGAGAGGGCUCGAAAAGAAAUUGGGAGCAUAUAACAAAUCAAAUUGGAAUGUUCUGCUAUACGGGUUUGAGCGAGGAGCAAGUUACAAAACUGGCGAAAGAUUAUGGAAUAUAUAUGUUAAUUAGUGGUCGAGCAAGUAUGGCUGGGGUUAAUUCGAAAAAUAUUAACAAAUUAGUAAAAUCGAUUAUUGAGGUGACUAGUUAG